AUGGCUAAUAACCAAGAGGUGAAGUUAUUGGGUGGAUGGUUCAGUCCAUUUGCUCACCGAGUGGAAAUGGCACUAAAGCUUAAGGGCAUUCAAUACGAGGUUGUGGAAGAAGAUAUAAGGAACAAGAGCCCUUUACUUCUGAAGUACAACCCAAUUUCCAAGAAAAUCCCUACUCUUGUUCACAAUGGAAGAGCCAUCUUUGAAUCCCUUAUUAUCAUAGAGUACAUAGACGAGAAUUGGAAACACAACCCUAUACUGCCCGAAGACACUUACGAGAAAGCCAGGGCACGCUUUUGGGCCAAGUUCAUUGAAGAAAAGUUAACUGAAGUUACAAGGAGAAUUUUAGCAACAGAUGGGGAGCUACAAGACAAGGAAGUAAAGGAAGCAAGAGAAGCCCUCGAAGUUCUUGAAGGUGAGCUAAAGGAUAAGAAAUUUUUGGAGGUCAUACCAUCGGAUUUGCUGAUGUAG